GGCGCUUGAGAUUAAUAUAAUAUCAAAUAUUCUACAAUUGUCGCAUGGAUGAUUAAAUCUCACAAUUAUUAUAUACAAGUGCAAGAACUUUCUUUUUUGCUGUCCCUCAAAUUCAUACUUUCUAUAAUAAUGGAUAUUGAUGAAUUUCUCAACGAUUCUUUCGAGGACGCAUUGCGACCUCGAGAUUCCAAUACACCCGAAGCAGACCUACAGGCUUUAACAAGAGCUUGGAUUAAUGAGCGUGGAGCUCCAGAGAUUCUACCAUGGCCUCCCAAUAACCUUGUCGAACGAGUGACGGAACGAAUCAAAAAGCAAAUCGAGAAGGUAGAGGAAUUAACCGGAGACAUGGAUCCGAAGACCAAUUUUGGUCUUAUAUGUUUACAGACGGAGUUGGAGAGGUGGAAGUAUUUAAUCAGAGGAUUGGUCAGAGCUAGGAUCGCAAAGAUUGAUGCGCAUACUUUACACUAUCUGAGUAACGAAGACCUCCGGUCCAGAUUAUCGGAGACCGAAAUUGCGUAUGCCACACGACAUCAACAAUUACUCCAUACCCAUUACUUGUCGAGUUUUUUGGGAAGUUUUCCGAGCACGUUGCAGAAUUUGAACGAUCAAGCCGGAGGUAUUUCGAUGAUCAGUGGACCGGAUGAAGAUACAGCGGUAUUUGCAAGAGGCACAGGAAGUUACGAAGAAUUUAGUGGUGAUGGUGGUAGCAUAUCUGUUUUGGGAAGAGGGAGAGAUGGUGAUGAUAUCAAAGAUGUUGAUAGAGGGGAAGUUGUGAUUGCGAGAUGGUCGGAUAUUAAAGAGCAUGUUGAGAGGGGAGAAAUGGAAUUGGUCUGAAUGAAAGCGCACUCGGAACAAAACACCACCCCACGAUGUGGUUUUCGCCAUCAUCAAUGAUGAUAAACGAUAAUGCUGCCAAUAAUGGCGCUUGUGGUGCGAUCCACCCGCUCGAGUCUCCUCUUGUUUGGCGACUCUACUUGUGUCGCCGAGAAAUGUUUUCUGUCGAACAAUAUCACGACUAGGGGCCUCAUUGAAAUUUACAUCUAUCGCGCAUUGUCGCACUUUGUGGAAAGGUAAUAGUGUAUUAGCUGGAUAUCCAUAAUUUUGUACAAGAAGAUACAAAAGGACAUGGGGAAAAUGCGAGGAAGAAAGAAAUUUGGCACCUUUCCCAAAAUCACCUCACUCGGCAAAUGUGCAGCCCCAUCUGGAGGGGUUUCCAGAGAACCUACUCGAUCUAGAGUAGAAUUAUUUGAAUUGAUUCUUGAUUCUGAGGUAGGCAAUAAAAGCCGAUUCCUGGGUAUAGAGACUUCAAUAAAAAAUUGAAGUACUCGACAAUGAGAGCUCUGGUUCA